GGGCUGGGGAAAGAGACAGCAGCAAACACACAUACACACUGAGAGACACUCUGACUGUCUUCCCCGUCACACUGCUGCACCCCCUCUCCCCGGGUCACCACCCUAUCCACCCUGCACCUGGUGAUCCUGCACCCCCAUCCCCAGCCUGAGGACCCCCAGAACAGCUCCUCCAGCAGGAUGGUGAUUGCUGCAUCCCUCUUAUUAGUCUCUGGCUGGCUCCUCCCGGCUGGAGGUGUCUGUGCAGCCCCCCAGCACAUCUGACACACUCUCCCCAUCACUCCCAUCGUUGCUGGGUGCCUGAUCCGUGUCUGCCCCCCUCCUCACUCUGCAGCUCCUCAUCAUCACCCCUUCCAGGAAGGAUGCUCCGGCUAUAAGGACCUACCGAGCCCCCGCAGGAGCACCCUUUCCCCGCUGCAGCCUCAUCCAUCACCAGGAAGAAGCAGGAUGGGGAAGGACCAGGAGCUGCUCCAGGCUGUGAAGGCUGAGGACCUCAGCAUGGUUCAGAAGCUGCUGCAGAGACCCAAGGCAGGCAAAGCCAAGCUCCUUGGUUCUGCAAAGAGAGUGAAUGUAAAUUUUCAAGACACGGAUGGCUUCUCGGCCCUGCACCAUGCUGCCCUCAUCGGGAACACUGAGCUCAUCUCACUGCUGCUGGAGGCUCAGACUGCUGUGGACAUUAAAGAUAACAAAGGAAUGCGUCCACUCCAUUACGCGGCCUGGCAGGGCAAGAAGGAACCCAUGAAGCUGCUUCUGAUGUCGGGCUCUGCGGUGAAUAUCCAGUCGGACGAGGGGCAGAUCCCACUGCACCAGGCGGCUCAGCAUGGACAUUAUGAUGUGUCCGAGAUGUUACUUCAACACCAGUCUAACCCCUGUAUCAUGGAUAUUUCCGGCAAGACUCCUCUGGACUUGGCUUGUGAGUUUGGAAGAGUCGGGGUUGUUCAGCUGUUGUUAAACAGUAACAUGUGUGCGGCAUUGCUAGAACCAAAGCCUGGAGACAGUACGGACCCGAACGGUACCAGCCCCUUGCACCUAGCAGCCAAGAAUGGUCACAUCGACAUCAUUAGGCUUUUGCUGCAAGCUGGCAUAGACAUCAAUCGGCAAACCAAAUCUGGAACAGCUCUGCACGAAGCAGCCCUGUGCGGGAAAACGGAGGUGGUGAGACUUCUUCUGGAUAGUGGGAUUAAUGCCCAUGUGAGGAACACCUACAGCCAGUCAGCACUAGAUAUUGUCAAUCAGUUUACAGGCACCCAGGCCAGCAAAGAGAUCAAACAGAUGUUACGAGAUGCCUCAGCAGCUCUGCAGGUCAGGGCGAUGAAGGAUUACUGCAAUAAUUACGAUCUGACAAGUCUCAAUAUUAAAAUGGGAGAUGUUAUCACGGUUUUGGAGCAGCAUCCUGACGGCCGUUGGAAAGGUUGUAUACAUGAUAACCGGACAGGCAAUGACAGAGUUGGCUACUUUCCAUCCAGUUUGGUUGAGGCCAUCAGCAAGCGAACAGGUUCUUGGGGUUCAUGUCACAUAGAGAACCCAAGGCCGCAGCCCACAGCCCGCCGGGCGCCAGUGCCUAAUGGUGACAUGCACCGCUCCUUCCAUUGCUUGAUGCCACCACCACAUUCCCAUCCGAUUCUUUUCAGUUCGUUUGGUUACCAACGGCCCUGCAGUCCUGCAGGGGACCUGCACUAUGGUCCAGGUUCCCGAGGAUCAGACUCCAGCCCAUCUCAUAUGUCUCCGGGCCACACUUCUGUGGCCCCUCCGGAGGAUAUUUGGGUUCUGAGAAAACCGUUUGCAGGUGGUGAUCGUAGCAGCAUGGGCAGCACAGGAAGCGCCACCAGUGGCCGAAGCUCUGGGAGUGGUCAGAGUGCUAGCAGUGCCCACGCUAUACCCGCUAACGCAGAGGGGGUCAAGCUGCUCGCCACUGUUCUUUCCCAGAAGGCAUUGGGGCAGGAGCCUGGAGACGCCUGUGAGGGCCACACAGGAUCUUCACGACCCCAGAGCGUUGCAAGCUCUCCUUACAUUGAACAGUCAUAUGGAGACCACCCAAAGAAAACGGAGGCUAUGACGGAAGGAAAGAGCGCAGAGGCCGUGUUCCAGUGGUUGUGCAAGUUUCAGCUCCAGCUGUAUGCUCCCAACUUUAUCAAUUCUGGCUAUGACAUACCAACCAUUAGUAGAAUGACCCCUGAGGAUCUCACAGCCAUCGGGGUCACUAAACCAGGGCAUAGGAAAAAGAUCUUCUCUGAAAUCAAUAGCAUAAACAUUGGAGAAUGGCUUCCGGAGUACAAACCAGCUAACCUGUCCCUUUGGCUGUCGUUGAUCGGGCUCGGACAGUAUUUCAAAGUGUUGGUGGAGAACGGCUAUGAGAAUAUUGAUUUCAUCACAGAUAUCACAUGGGAAGAUCUACAAGAGAUUGGAAUCACCAAACUGGGUCACCAAAAAAAGUUAAUGUUGGCUGUGAAGAAGCUAGCUGAGCUCCAGAGGGCAGAGUAUGGUAAGUUUGACUCAGGCAGCAUGAGAAGGAGACCGCCUCAGAAGAACCUGGAUCCAAUGUCCGUUGAGUCUCCUCCACCUGACAGUGCAGAGUGCCAGUCCCCUAAAAUGAAGACCUUUCAGGACAUCGAGCUGAGCAAUGAGUUGCAGGCGGCUAUGACUGGAGACACUCCUCCAGAAGCUUCUGAUAAGCAAAUUAAUCAUGUACCACACCACAGAGAAGGUCCUUUCAGGGGACCCACUGGGGCAAGACUCCACCAUGAAAGUAGCCUGAGUGGUCGAGCUAGGCACAUAAGCAGCUCCCAGGAACUCUUGGGAGAUGGAAGCAAGGGACCUAGCACCACUAUGUCUAAGAGCCAGGAAUACUUAACAGAUGAAGGGAAGAGAGAGGAAGUGGUUCGAGAAUCCAGACCUCUCAAGCAAGGACACUCAGUAAAGAGGGCCAGUGUCCCACCUGUUCCUGGAAAACCCCGACAGUCUUUUCCGCCUUCCGGAGGACAGAGCUAUACCCCUCCGCAAACUCCAACUAAGGGGACGCCCUCGUCACCACAAGCUGUUAAUACGCCACAAGCUACUGCCAAAGUAAAGCCAACUCCUCAGCUUCUUCCACCUUCAGACCGACCCAUGUCUCCCCGCUCCCUGCCUCAGUCUCCCACACACAGAGGAUUUGCUUAUGUUCUUCCACAACCGAUUGAAGGUGAAGGAGUACCUGCUCACCUAACACAGGCAGUGCCUGUGUUGCCAGUAUCUGUUCCCGUGCUAUGCCUUCCACCAGCAGGUAGUGAUGGAGAAGACAAUGAUGAAGAUGCAGAGGAGGGAGAGCGCGGGGGGCAAGGCCGGCCGAAGAAACGGGCACAUAGCUUGAAUCGUUAUGCUGCCUCUGACGGAGAGAGAGAGGAGCUGUUGGUUAUCGAUGGGGGUCCCUAUGGCACAGGACAGAGACGGGUGGGUAGGAGCCACUCCGUAAGAGCGCAGUCUGGGGGAGACAAAAAUGUUAAUCGUAGUCAGUCUUUUGCAGUGCGCCCCAGGAAAAAGGGUCCUCCUCCACCACCACCUAAGCGCUCUAGCUCUGCCAUAUCUGGGACCAACCUUGGUGAUGGAUUGUCAGCUGAUGACGCUGGAGGGGAGGGCUAUCGGGAACAACGGAGGGCCAGUGACUUUGGGGGUAUAAUAGACACUGGAAGUGCUGGCAGUGUAAAGAGUAUAGCUGCUAUGCUGGAACUGUCAUCGAUUGGUGGGGGGCCGAGGGCCCUAACUGUGCAGAGACCUAGAGGAUCCGAAGGCUAUUGUGUACAUCUCCUACCCCAUCCCGCUAGUCCUGAACUUCACCGACUUCCAGGUACUGUGGCUGGGGUAAAACACCGUGAGGCUAUUGGGGUGGAUGGAGAAGUUGUUAACCGUCGUAGAACCAUCAGUGGACCAGUGACUGGGCUAGUGUCUGCAGCUCGAAGAGAACGCCAAGAGGCUUCAAGGCCACCUGACUCCCCCCGCAGUCCUUCUGAUGUCAUACCCUUUGCAGAAGAACGCAAGCAGACUAUUAAACACCGUCCACGGUCAUCGAGGACUGAUCAGGCAGACUCUCCAGUGUCUGACUCCCUUAAACACUCAGACUUGUCCUCUGUUGAGUCCAGUGUGACACUGAAGCGUAGGGUGAAAGCCAGACAGGGCCAGCAUUCCGCAGAUGUAAAGUUCUUGCUCACAGAAUCAGACACAGUCAAGCGCAGGCCAAAGUCUCGAGACAAGGACGGUGGGGGUGGAGGGUCAGAGCCUUUGGUUGUAUACCAGAAUGGAAUGGGCACUGUGAAGCGCCGCCCUGUUUCCGAGAUGAGCGUGGUAGGAACUGGGCGGCAGGACAGCACAGAACACAUAGCACAGACACCAGAACGCAGCAUUAAACCUCCUGUCUCACCAAAGCCCACCAUCAUACAGCCUUCCAGAAGGAGUCCCACGCCCUUAACACCCACAAAGAAGGUCCAAGUCCCGGGUUCUGGAGGAGAAGUAAAGAAGGUAAUGGGGACACAUCCUCCUGUCUCCCCCAAACCCACUCCUCCCCCUACCGCUCCCAAACCCACCAAACCUCAUGCAAUCAUCCAAUCCUCUAGUGCAAGCUCGACUCCGGCCCCUUCUCCCAUCAAACAACCGAACAACAUCAAACCUUCCAGCACCCCCCCAUCUCUCUGCUCCAGCCCUGCUAAGCCCCUGACUCCGGGUCAUCCUCUACAGGUUCCCGUCAAACCCCCCAGACUGUCCAUCACCAGCUCUUCCAUGGAAGGAGGGAGCAGUGAGGCCGCGCAGCAGAAGUUGGAGGAGACCAGUGCGUCACUAGCUGCAGCGCUGCAGGCAGUGGAGGAGAAGAUCAAACAGGAGGAUGCACAGAAAGCCUCGUCACUGGAGGAGAAAAGUACAGUCAGUAUUCUGGAUGACAUAGGCAGUAUGUUCGACGACCUUGCAGACCAGCUGGACGCCAUGUUGGAAUGAGGAUGCAGUGUACGUGGUGGUCUCCUCAAGGCAAGGUCAUGCUGACUGCUUCCUGCCCAUGCUUCCCUCGCUGGGUCAUGUACAGACCAUCCGCCUCCUCCCAGGAUCCUUCCGAUAUCUGUCUCCUGAUCUCGGAACACCCAUGUCUAACUUUAGCACAAAGAAGCAAUGCCAAAUACCUCAGGGUUGUGCUCAGUCAUUUAGUGGCAGCUUGGGAGGAGGCCUUGCACAGCUGGGAGGUGGCAUCGGCUACUGGCUUUGGCAGUCCCGGCAUCAUGACAAGUUCCAGAAUGCAUUGCAGCGCAGAGCCCAGUCACAGCCUGGAUUGAGAUGACCACGGUGUGUUGUUAGACAGUGCAGUGCUGAUGUCAAGCACUUUGGGAGAACAGAUGAUGUCCAGCAGUGGAACAGCACGCAUCCUACCAACAACUUGACGUCAGACCCUUAACUUAUGCUGAAUUCUUCCCAUUUUGUAUUUCUUGUUUAUGUCUUGUUAAGAUUGCCGUUACCAUUCAUGUAUGACAUGGAUAGAAACUCUUACCCAUCAGUAUCUCGUUAAUGAAAAUGGAUGGCCGUCAUAUAGUGAGAUGAUUCUAUCCCAAAAUAAGAUGGAGAUGAAUAUUCCCAGAUUCCAUGCACAGUCCACCUUGAUGUCAGUGCACCAAGCCUCUUCGGACAAACAGUAUCUCCACCAGGUGGCUGACACUCCCUUGUAACAUUAGACUGAGUGCGAAACACAGAACAUUGCAAUAUCCCAGCAGUCAGUAGGCAGAGCCUCUCGCUCGUUAACCAGUUGAUACCCAACCAUCUCAGUUGAUCUUCCCUACUGAGCACACGAAUAUCACUCUCCCAGAACAUAAAUAAAACCCCCUAUGAUGUUUCACUGUUAUCUUCUGGUUCCUGAGAGGCAUAACUCUGCAUCUGUAGAACACUACAAAUAGCUAGGAUGAGAAAUUAUAAUCAUGGUAUCUCAGGAGGAGUGUCUUAGAAGCAACUGGUAUAUUUUUACAUGUUAAAGCUUCUAGUUCCUGACAACCCGACUUGGACGAACGGUGACAUAAACCAAACUGAAAGGGUCUCAUCUAAAUCCCUGCCAACAUCCUGAGGUAUUGAGAACAGUUCGAAAGCACAGUAUUUAGAAUUCAGGAUAACAAACGCCCAAGUUGGCGGGAGGAGUAAUCAAAAUCUAAAAUAUAUUUUUUACGGAAAAUUGGCUUUGUGUGGCGGUCCGACAAACUCCAAAUAUAUGGAUCAACAUGAAUGCCAUCCCAAACUUCUACAUAAAGAAAGACUUUGGGCAGAAUCUAUAUGAGAUAAGAGAAAUAGCACAAAAUGUAUAAUAUUUAAGGCGCUCUUUAAUGUUUUUAUACUUUUUUUAUUUUAUUUCAUUAUUUAUUAUUUUAAUUGUAUAGGUCGUGCCUUGCCUCCGUAUAUUAUUGUUGGGAAGGGUCGAGGCGCAGCUUGUCAUACACACUGGGUUACUUUUAGGACUGAGUGAGGGACUGAAGGUGACGGAACAGUUCACAUAUAAAUAAGGGCAUUCUAUGGGCGGCCUGUAAUGAAGUCCGUGUUCGGCGGCCGUGCGGGAGGCCGUCCAAACUGGGCCGUUUUUUUAAAUGGGCAAAAGGCAUGGUUUAGCCUUGUAAAUGAUUGCCCCUUUAAAAAAAAACAGUCCGAGUUCCGCCGACAUCCCACACGGCUGCCGAACUGUGACCUCAUUUCAUCCCGACCUAUGUCUGAGAACAAAUGAUGUCAUUACUUCAAUCGUUUUAUAGUGAUCCCAGUAAGGUUAUCAGGAAGUGCUUCUCGGAGUGUUAUUUCAUUUGUGAGCUGGGGGAGAGCGAAUGUUUUACAGAGUUAUAGAAAAUACUCUCGUCAAAUUUUGACUUGUUAUAUUGGCCAAACUGGACCUUCAGUAAGCCUUGAAGACAGGUAAAGUGGACGGAGAUAAUCAUUAUGGGGCAGAUGUAUUAAUCUGGAGAAGGCAUAAGGAAGUGAUAAACCAGUGAUAUGUGCAAGGUGAUAAACGCACCAGCCAAUCAGCUCCUAACUGUUAAUUUACAUAUUGGAGCUGAUUGGCUGGUGCAUUUAUCACUGGUUUAUCACUUCCUUAUGCCUUCUCCAGGUUAAUACAUCUGCCCCACAGCCUGUAACAUGGCAGUUAGGAGCUGGUUGGCUGGUACUUUAUCUCCGUCCACUUUAUCUUCAUCCAAGGCUUAGUACAUAGACCCCCAUGUUUUAUUUCCAAAGGAGGGAUAACCCCACCAACUUUGAAUAAUUAAGUAAUGUUUAGAUUGAAACAGUAAAUGAUGACUACUUGUGUGUAUAACUGAUGGAGCCACUAUAUAGCAUUCCACAUUGCAAUAGACUUUCAUGGCAGUGAUAUGGAUAAAUCAUUUCUGUAUGGCCCAUUAACCUUGGACAUAGGGGAUAAUGGAGGAGACGUAUCAAGUCUACUAAAGAGUGGGGAAGUGGACAAGUUGCCCAUAGCACUCAGUCAAAUCCUAUCGUUUUAUGGAACGUACUUGAUAAAUGCUAGCUUGAAGCUGAUUGGUCCUAUGGGAAACGACUCCAUUUGUCCACUCUAUAGAGGCUUGAUACAUCUACCCCAUUGUACCAAAAUGUGAUAAAUGGUGCGUGUAAAUGAGACAUGCUAUUGUUUUAAAAGUUUUAAAAACACAAAUAUUCAACACAAAAUGUAAGAGUUUUAUGGUUUGUGUUCAUUAUGCCAAGAUAAACUAUGCCAUUUUGCUGACUUGGCCUGUGGCGUUUUCCCAACACAGUGGGUCGGCCAAUGCCUGUAAUGCUUCAGUGCCUCUCUUUUCCAAUUGGUCACUGAUUUCCUGUUUUAUACAAUGGGAGGGGCUAUGACAACUUCACUGGUUGUCUGAUACAGGCCAGCCACUACCAGUACAGAGAGGCAGCACCGGUUCUAGGGAACGAUGCAUGACGAGUAAUGCUGUGGUUUAGUAAAAUACUGUAUAAAGAUCUUGGCUUGGGAUACUCCUCUUUAAGAAGAUUGCUGCAUGGUGGCCUAUAUGUGUGUGUAUUAUAAUACAGUAUAUGUAUGUAUUAGGUUACUGCCAAAUCCCAAAUCUUUUUUACUAUCGAAGUGGCCAAAACAAAUUGUAUCCCUACUUUUCAUAUUCAGAUUUUAUUAAGGAGCCUGUGCUGCACCAAAUGCCCUUUAUGUUACUUCAGCCUUUCGUGUAUCUAAUAGAACAAGCUAUUCAGUCAACUCAGCACCCAAACAAUCUCUAAACACUAACAACACUGCAGGUUUCCCAGUCUUUUCAUUCGUAGUGCAUUCAACACGUCCGCACAGUGGAGGCAGCCAUUUUGGAGUGGAGCCAAUUGUCAUAAAAAUACAGCCUACUAAUUCAGAAGGAUGUAGUGAUAUCACUGAGGCAUGAGGCACAGGGGGCAUAAAAGUGCGGUACUGAAAGCUUUUUUUUUUAAUGUUUCUGACAGAACAACGGUACAAUUUUACACCGUAUUCUAUUAAGAAGUCUUUAGGUUCAAAGUUAUUAUUUUUAGACGUCUUUAAGUUCAUGUUUUCUUGUUUUCUUUUUUUAAUGAAAUUUAAAUAAAAAUGGCUGUCUGUACCGUGCAUAGGUGGCAAAAAUUUAGAGGCACCAGGCAAGACUGCCCGCCACCAUCGCCAGUUUGCGUAACACUUCCUACAGCAUUCGGUCUGUGCUUUAUAUGUCUUGUGUGCUGAGAAUUGUGAGUGGGGACGGGAGGGCGGGCAUGGGGUGGGGGUGAGUUUUUUUGGUGGAUUUUGUCGUUAGUGGGACUCGGCUGGCAUGUUAAUUCCGAACAUUUCAAACCUGUUUAUCCUCUCUGGUACUUCUGUUAGUGUUAUCGUUUUCAGGCGCAGAUGGUACCACGAUAACCUUUUCACUGCUGGAACGGAUGACGGAACAUUUGCCACCCCUUCUAAAAUUCUACAAUUAUAAACAACAUAAAAAAAUAUAUAAAAAAAAAUAAAAAUACAUAAAACUGUCUAAAGAGAUGUAUUUAAUAUGAUGGCAACAAGAUAAAAUAUAAAUGAAAAGGUCUACACGAUUGAUACAUAUAUAACAUAUAUAUAUAAUAUAUAUAUAUAUUUUUAUGAUUAAGUUAUGGAAGAAAAAAUCUGUACUGUAUACCCGUUCUGUGACAGCUAUGCAUCUUGGUGCUUUCCCCGCAGUGCUGUGCUUUUACGAUUAAUGAUUAUUGCAUUUUAUUUGUGAUCUGUGACGCUGUAUCGAUUACGUCUGAUAAAAUAAAAAUUGUUUUUGUUAAUUACUUUU